AUGUCGUCGCUCGGUCGUUGCUUGGUUGACGGUAUGCACGAGCGAUCGAAGACAAGAACUACGUACCUGAACAAGAGAGGCAUCGCGCCGAAGAGCUCGACUGCCGACUCGACUGCGGGAUCUGGACGCAGCGCGGGGGGACGAAGCCCAGCUCGCGAGAUCUCGCUUGCGUUUCCUCGUCAUGCGGCGGAGCACGCACACCAUGCCGAGUCGUUCACUAGGAAAAGACCGAGCAUGAUGAUGCGCGGACCGUCGCUCGAGGAGGCAUCGUGCAGAGACGAUGGCAAGACCGCCCUGGGAAAGAGCUGGAGCAAGGCGACGUUCAGCCGAGCCGCAUCCUUAUCCGAAGCCGAGUGA